AUGACGCCUAAUUAUCUUCGUGGUACCCAUUUUGAGGUCUGGCAUCAGAACUGUUCUAAGACAGAUUUCGAGGCUGACCGAAAGGCUCUGUUGGAUAUGUUUGCCUUAGUUCGGCCCGAUGAGAUUCUGCAUAAGUUCAACUCUCUGACUUGGGAUAGGUCUUCCCGUGUGGUCUCUUUCUUGACUACACUCCGACGAUAUAUGACUAAUUACAAUAAGACCCUACCCGAGGAUCAUAAGUUGUCUCAGACCCAUAUGUAUAAGAUGAUUAUGGAUAGAUUGACUGCCAACGCCCCAGACGGUGCCAAGUCUGUGCUCCGUCGACGUCAGCCUAAGACCAUUCAGGGUGUAUGUGAGAUCUUUGAAGAUUUUAAGGAGAAGUCUUCUUCUAAGGCUGCUGGUGCAUUGGCAACUGGCAUGCCUUAUGAGAAUAUUCCGAGUGAAGACCAUGUGACUAAGCUUAUUGACACGUUUAUGACCUCGCAGAAUGCCAUGGUUGGUUCUAUUACUAAACUCUUGGAUCAAGUCAAGGGUCGUAAUUCUGGUCGCCGUCCUCAGAAGGGUAAGGGCAGGAAGCGUGAUCCUAAGUGUUAUUUAUGUUGUGGUGAUGGUCAUUGGGCUGUGGCUUGCCCCCAUAAGAAGCAUGAUCGUGGAUGCUUUGUGUGUGGCUCAAGCGAUCAUUUGGCCCGAUCAUGUCCGCAAUUUUCAUCGUUCGUUGCCUCAAUUGCCAACAAGAAGUCUAAUGGGGUGUCGGGAAACUGUUAG